GCUCCGCUGCCGGCAUGGCGCACUACAACUUCAAGAAGAUUACGGUGGUGCCGUGCGCCAAGGACUUCAUCGACUUGACCUUAUCAAAGACUCAGCGAAAGACUCCAACAGUUAUUCAUAAACAUUACCAAAUUCAUCGCAUUAGACAUUUUUACAUGAGAAAAGUCAAAUUUACUCAACAGAACUAUCAUGACAGACUCUCGCAGAUUCUAACAGAUUUCCCCAAAUUGGAUGAUAUCCACCCAUUCUAUGCUGAUUUGAUGAAUAUUCUCUACGAUAAGGAUCACUACAAGCUGGCUCUGGGACAAAUAAAUAUUGCCAAAAAUUUAGUGGACAAUGUUGCCAAAGACUACGUGCGGCUCAUGAAGUAUGGGGACUCCCUGUACCGCUGCAAGCAGCUGAAGCGCGCGGCCCUGGGGCGCAUGUGCACUGUGAUCAAGAGGCAGAAGCAGAGCUUGGAGUAUCUGGAGCAAGUGCGUCAGCAUUUGUCUCGUUUGCCGACCAUCGAUCCAAAUACAAGGACUCUGCUCUUGUGUGGGUACCCGAAUGUUGGGAAGUCCAGCUUCAUCAAUAAGGUAACAAGAGCAGACGUGGAUGUCCAGCCCUAUGCAUUCACGACCAAGUCGCUGUUUGUGGGUCAUAUGGAUUACAAGUAUCUGCGGUGGCAGGUUGUCGACACUCCGGGGAUUCUGGAUCACCCUUUGGAGGAUCGGAACACUAUCGAGAUGCAGGCCAUCACCGCGCUGGCCCACCUGCGCGCUGCGGUUCUGUACGUGAUGGAUUUGUCUGAGCAGUGUGGUCAUGGGCUGAAGGAGCAGCUAGAGCUCUUCCAGAACAUCAGGCCUCUCUUCAUCAACAAGCCUCUUAUAGUUGUAGCCAACAAAUGUGAUGUGAAGAGAAUAGCUGAACUUUCUGAAGAUGAUCAGAAAAUAUUUAUAGAUUUGCAGGCUGAAGGAUUCCCUGUAAUAGAAACCAGCACCCUGACUGAGGAAGGUGUCAUUCAAGUAAAAACAGAGGCUUGCGAUAGGCUUUUGGCUCAUCGAGUGGAAACGAAAAUGAGGGGAAAUAAAGUGAACGAGGUGCUGAACAGACUGCACCUGGCUGUCCCAAACAAGAGGGACGAUAAGGAGAGGCCCCCGUUCAUCCCCGAAGGAGUGGUAGCACGCAAGAAGAGAAUGGACACUGGGGAGCCCAAGAAGAAAAAAGAGAAAGAUCUGGAGCUGGAAAUGGGAGAUGAUUAUAUUUUGGAUCUUCAAAAGUACUGGGAUUUAAUGAAUUCAUCAGAAAAACAUGAUAUAAUUCCGGAGAUCUGGGAAGGGCAUAAUAUAGCGGAUUAUAUUGACCCAGCCAUCAUGAAGAAACUGGAGGAGUUAGAAAAAGAAGAAGAGCUAAGAGCAGCUGCUGGCGAGUAUGACAGUGAAUCUGAAAGUGAAGAUGAGGAGAUGGUGGAGAUCCGGCAGCUGGCAAAGCAAAUUAGAGAAAAAAAGAAGCUGAAAAUUCUGGAAUCCAAAGAAAAAAAUACACAGGGACCCAGGAUGCCUCGAACUGCUAAAAAGGUCCAGCGGACAGUUUUAGAGCAUGAGAUGCGGAGCCUUGGUGUUGACAUGGACAGUAACGACGAUGCCCACUAUGCAGUCCAGGCGAGACGAUCUCGGAGUGUCACUCGGAAAAGGAAGCGCGAAGACUCUGCUCCACUCUCCUCCGUGGCCCGGAGCCGGAGUUGCUCCCGAGCUCCGCGGGACGUUUCUGGUCUUCGGGACGUCAAGAUGGUGAAGAAAGCCAAGACGAUGAUGAAGAAUGCGCAGAAGAAGAUGAAUCGCAUGGGGCGCAAGGGCGAGGCAGACAGACACGUGUUUGACACGAAGCCCAAGCACUUGCUCUCUGGAAAGAGGAAAGCCGGCAAGAAGGACCGGAGGUAG